AUGAGGUUGGCUUUUCAUAUUUCAAGAAUUUUGCUCGAGGAGAAGUUACUGUUGUAUUUCACAACAAUGACAAUGGCUUCUGUUCCAAAAGUGGUGCUCGGUUUAGUUGCAUUUGCAAUCUUCUGGGUGUUAGCAGUUUUCCCAGCUGUGCCUUUUCUACCUAUUGGGAGAACUGCAGGGUCCCUCUUUGGAGCCAUGCUUAUGGUCCUAUUCCAAGUUAUUACUCCAGAUGAAGCUUAUGCCACAAUUGAUCUUCCAAUUCUCGGUCUUCUUUUUGGGACAAUGGUUGUCAGUGUCUAUCUUGAAAGAGCAGACAUGUUUAAGUAUAUAGGGAAGUUGCUGUCUUGGAAGAGUAGAGGUGCAAAGGACUUACUUUGUAGGAUAUGUGUUGUUUCUGCUGUCUCAAGCGCUCUCUUCACAAAUGACACGUCUUGUGUUGUUUUAACUGAAUUCAUAUUAAAAAUUGCUAGGCAGCAUAACCUUCCACCAACACCCUUCCUACUUGCCCUUGCUUCAAGUGCUAACAUUGGGUCCUCAGCAACUCCAAUUGGCAACCCCCAAAACCUGGUUAUAGCUGUUCAGAGUAAAAUAUCAUUUGGGAAUUUUCUGAUUGGUAUUCUUCCAGCUAUGGUGGCAGGAGUUGUAGCAAAUGCUAUAAUUCUUCUAAUCAUGUAUUGGAAGUUAUUAUCUGUUCACAAGGACGAAGAAGAUGCAGGGGAAGAAUCUGUGGUAGAGGACGAGUAUGAUUCCCAUCGGUUUUCUCCAGCCACUAUGUCUCAUUUUUCAUCCUUGAAUUCUCAAGAAUGGAAUUCCCAUCUUGAAGCUAUUAGUAUUCAGAACUCUCCUCAACAGAUUCUACGAAGCCGAUCGAUUGCAAAUGCAAGUGAAAGUAAUGGUAUUUCUAGCAAUGCUUUUGAUUCUGCUAGAAUCUCAAGUUUACCGAGGGACGGAAUAAAUGGUGUGCCAUCUCUGAUAAAGGAUGAAACUAGUCCAGCAAGUUCUUCAGCAACCGUAGAUACACUUAUUCACCCUUCUGAAAGAAAAAACAAUUUUAUCUUAAGAUGGAAGAGGGUAUUGUGGAAAUCUUGUGUUUACAUCAUCACAGUUGGAAUGCUGGUUGCUUUACUUUUAGGUUUAAAUAUGUCAUGGACUGCCAUUACUGCGGCACUUGCUCUGAUAGUUCUUGAUUUCAAAGAUGCUAGACCAUGUUUAGAGAAGGUUUCAUAUUCGCUUUUGAUAUUCUUUUGUGGAAUGUUUAUCACGGUAGAUGGCCUCAAUAAAACUGGGAUUCCAAGUGCUUUGUGGGAUGUAAUGGAGCCCUAUUCUCGUGUUGAUCGUGCUAGUGGAGUUGCAGUUCUUGCAAUUGUCAUACUUGUCCUAUCAAAUUUGGCUUCAAAUGUACCAACAGUUCUCUUGCUUGGAGGACGUGUAGCAGCCUCAGCUGCUGCAAUUUCCAAAGCAGACGAGAAGAAGGCAUGGCUGAUAUUAGCUUGGGCCAGCACCAUAUCAGGGAAUCUCUCACUAUUGGGAUCAGCUGCUAACUUGAUAGUGUGUGAACAGGCUAUCCGUGCUCCAAACCUACCACACACGUUAACCUUCUGGAGUCACCUGAAAUUUGGCAUUCCUUCCACAAUCAUAGUCACAGCUAUAGGCUUGACAUUCAUAAGAUGA